CGUGAUUUCUCAGAAAGCUGAAGAUCCAGCCGAGUUUAUAAAGAAGGGCGGGAGGCGAGACCGUGUAUUCAGAGUGGAGCAGGGUCGCGAGCAGUGCAGAACCCCGCUUCCAGCCAGAUCCUUGCCGCCGACCCACAGGUGCUGCCAUGGUAGGCCGCCCGAGAUCGACACGGAAGCUAAAGCAAUGGAUGAUCGAGCAGGUGGACAAGGGGCUGUGCCCCGGCCUGGUCUGGGAGGACCGCAAGCUCGGAAUGUUCCGGAUCCCCUGGAAGCACGCGGGCAAACAGGACUACAGGCACGACGAGGAUGCUGCCAUCUUCAAGGCGUGGGCCAAGUUCAAGGGCAAGUACAAGGAGGGUGAUAAGGUGGACCCUGCCACCUGGAAGACGCGGAUGCGGUGUGCUCUGAACAAGAGCAGCGAAUUCGAGGAAGUCCCGGAGAGGUCCCAGCUCGAUAUCUCCGAACCUUACAAAGUGUACCGCAUCAUCGAGGAGGGGGCACAGAAGACAGGGAAGGCUGUCCCGCUGCCGAGCCUGGACUCAGUGAAGCUGAAGAGGGAGGAAGCGCCGCGCGAGGAGAGUUUGAGUUCAGUGUCCACCAGCCCAGCCCUGCCCGAGAUCAACUGCAAGCUGGAGGAGACAGACAGCGGCUGCGAUCCCAGCUCCGGGUCGGAGAUGUCCGCGCAGGAGGAGAGCUGCAGGGAGAGUGGUUCACUGGGCUCCAGCAUGAACCCCAGCCCUGAAGCAGACUCGACUAACUUCCUGACCUGCGACCCCGCUCCUGUGUCACCCAACAUCGUGGAAACAGAGCCCAACGCCAUGUUCGUCUCGUUCCGGUACGGCGGCGUGGAGGUGAGCAGCGCGGUGACGCGGCACGGCUGCAAGAUCUCGUCCACGGCGCAGCCGCCCGCCGCCUCCUUCGGCUCCCAGUCCCUGGAGAAGCUGUGCUUCCCGCCCGCCUCCUGCAUCGGGGACCCCGUGAAGCGCCAGGCCACGGCGGAGCUCCUCAACUUCCUGGAGCGCGGCGUGAUGCUGGACAGCAACGCCCACGGCAUCUUCGCCCAGCGCCUCUGCCAGGGCCGCGUCUUCUGGACCGGGCCCGGCCCGGCGUGCACCAACCAGCCCAGGAAGCUGGAGCGGGCCCGCGUCGAGAAGCUCUUCGACCGCAGAGUCUUCGAGGAAGAGUUGGAGCAGUAUCGGCAAGGUAAAGGGGUGCUGCCUCAGCACCAGGUGACCCUCUGCUUCGGGGAAGAGUUCAGCGAAAAGGAGUCCAUCGACAGCAAACUCAUCACCGUGCAGGUUCACCAGAUUGCUACCAAGCAGCUGCUGGAUCAGGAGCUGGAGAUCCAGAACACCUCCUUCCUGCUCCUUGAGCCUCUGACAGAAGCCAGCUUUGGCGAGGCCCUUUGCCAGGAUCUGGCAGUCUCUUUACCAGCUCACAGGCCCCAGCCAGGCCACUGCACACUCUGGCUUGACCAAAUGUCAUCUCAGGCCUGAGCCCAAACUACCAACUGGAGCCUAAACUUCAUAGCACUUAACCGGGGUGCCGUAACCCCUGACCCUAGGUCUGGCUUGCAUGAUCUCUCACCCCAGAGCUUGCUCCUCCCCCUUGCCCCCCCACCCUAGCCUCAGAGGUUGACCAUGGGGCAUGGGGGGGGGCAAAUCUGGAACCAAGGGAGUGUCUCAAGGAAAAAAAACAGCCCAGGCACUGUGGCGGGCAGUCCCGUUGCCAUGACGACAGGCUGGAUGGCACGUGGAGGAGAGGGCAGGCUGGGGAGAUGAUUGGGACGUCCUGUUAAUGCCCACCUCUACCCCAGACGCAGAGCCUGAGCAUGGCCUGUCGCACCCCCUCCCCAUCUCUCGCACAUGACCUCCGGCCCGGGACCUCUCGCAGGCCUGGGACUUGAAGCCAUUGGAUCCUGGCCCUGUUGACUGGAUCUGCAUCAUUCUCUCCCACAGCUGCAAACUCUCAGAAUUCCACUGUUCCGGUAAUGUAAUGUACUUCCGAAAGUCUGGCCCUUCCCAGAAUCCCAUGGGUCAAGCAUCAGAAACUCUUCUCAUCCCUCAAAUCUCUCCUUUUUCUCUCCCCAUCUGUCCCCAACUCCUCUAAUGCUCACCUCUCUCCUUCCCCUUCCCCCUACACCUACCCCUCUCCCUGCUGUCUUCCUGUCUCCCUUGAAAGCUCUCCCUCCCUGUCACCUUCACCUUCCGCAUCUCCCCAGCCCGCACUUCUGCCCCCUCUCCUUCCUGGCUUUCCCCCAUUCCCCUUUGUCCUCCCUAUUUCUCACCCCCCACCCCAAAUUCUCUGGAACAUUUCUCCUGUCUCUGCCCCUCCCCUUCCCCUUCUCCUAUCACCACUGCCCACUCUCCUAAGGGUGACUCCUGACCCUUCAGUCCCCCCCCACCCCACUAAUCUCGUGAGGUGAGUUUCAGUGAGGGAAGGGGGUGGGGGGUUGAUAACUGUAUAUACUGUGAAGCUCGAUGUCUCUUUGUAAUCCUACCUGUUUAUAAUAAACUACAUAAUUUCUGAA